GGUAUGGGGCCAUUUUACCAUACAACUUGAACUAAGUGGUCACCUAAUUGCUCUCUCUUUAUCACCGUAUAAGAAGCUGCCCUUUUCUCUAAACCUCCGUUUCAUUUCAACAAUCAAUCACCCACAAAAAUAAAAAUAAAUAAAUAAAUCAUCUCUGAAUCAAACUCUCGUAAAUUAUCCUACAAUCAAUCUCUCGCCAUGGGCAAGAAGAGAAAGUCAAUCGCCACAAGCCUCGACGAGGUGGAUCAGAGCAUGUAUGCGUCGUUUUGCAGCGCGGCGAAUUCACUCUCGCAACUUUACACCCAAGCCAUGAACCAUCAGAAACACUCUUUCCAAGCUGGUGAACGCCACGGCCUUGAAAAAUUUUAUCAGUGGAUCUGGAGACAAGAAGAAGGAGGCUCAAGAGUGAACGUUGAUAUUCUCAAUUACCUUCAGAAUGAGCUAGAUUACAGUGGAAAAGAGCCAUCAAUGUCCCCUAGAGCACAAGUUCGACAUCAGCAUACCCAACCCACAACUCAGUUAAUGAGUUCUGGCUUCCCUGUCUCUUCGGGUUCAUCUGGCCAAAUCACUGGGCAGGGAACUCGCACUGAGCACUGUGAUCAACAAUCCAGGAAUUCAGUUUUCUCUAAUGCUUUAUCUAGCCCCAUUCGUCGGAGCCUUCAGCAUUAUCACAUAGCACAAGGAGGAGGCUUUGGUGGUCUGCCUCCUGCCACUGGAGGCCGGAACAAUGAUCCCAACUUUCUUCAGCACCAAAACAGGGAUUCAAACAGUUCCAAUGAUUCUUCAAUGGACAUGCAUGCCGACUAAAAUUGCUAUGUGACCAAAUCCAGUAGCAUCUUGCCAGAAAAGGGCUUGGACAGGCUGUUGCAAUUAGGAUGCUAUUUUCUUCAUCGUUUUUAGAUCAUGGAAGUGAUUACUGCAGACAAGAAUAAACACAUGAUGCUGGUGACUUCUUGAAGCGUGUGAAGAUGAAUUGUGUGUGUUCUCUGAGGUAAAAGGCAAUGUGAUGAACGCCAUCACCUAUCAGUUAAAUCAUUUUGUUCUCAUUUGAGUCUAGUAGUGUUGAGUCUCUUAAGCCAUAUGUAAAGCAAGAUUUUUCUUGAAUCUGACUCUGCAACUUAUUAACCAGUGCUGUUUAUCAUAUGAAACAUCGCUUCCCUAACCAUGCAUCUUUUUAGCUUAUUUAUUUUCAAGUUUAUUAUGUGAAUGUAUAGUUCUGCAUAUCUGCUUCAUAUAGCAUGUUCUAAUUCACUUGCAGAUUCAUUUAAAUAGCCAAGAAAAUAUUAGGUCGAAGGAGAAACGCCGACGUGGAAUAUUUUAAUAACAAAUAGUGGUUAUUUGUUAGGUUGAUUCACCGUUGGAAAUGUGAGUUAGAUUUAUGUAAAGAAGAUCAACAUUAUUUCUGAUUUAUGUUACUUACUGCUCAAGUUAUUUUACUUCA